AUGGCGUCGGCGCCCAAGAGGUUCAAGACGGCGGUCGAGAGCGGCGCCCAGGGGAAGAGUAGUGCCGACCCCCUCUCCGGGUUCCUGGCAUGGUGCGGGCGGGCCGGGGUGGAGCUGAACCCUAAGGUCCGCCUCAGCGGGGAGGGCGCGGUGGCGGGGUACGGGAUGUUGGCCGCCGAGGAGCUGGAGGCGGGAGAGGUGCUGUUCACCAUCCCUCGCACAGCGCUGCUGUCCCAGCACACCACCUCCAUCCACGCACUCUUACAGGAAGCCCAGGAGUCUCUGCAGAGCCAGUCUGGUUGGGUGCCUCUCCUGCUGGCCUUGCUACACGAGUACACAGCCAGCAACUCCCACUGGCAGCCAUAUUUCUCCCUCUGGCAGGACUUUCGGAGCCUGGACCACCCCAUGUUCUGGCCUCAAGAAGAGCGAACAAAGCUUCUGCAGGGCACAGGCAUCCCAGAAGCUGUGGACAAGGAUCUAGCUAACAUCCACCUGGAGUACAACUCCAUCAUCCUGCCUUUCAUGAAGGCCCAUCCUGACAUCUUUGACCCGAAACUGCACACUCUGGAGUUGUAUAAGGAGCUGGUGGCAUUUGUCAUGGCUUACAGCUUUCAGGAACCUUUGGAGGAGGAAGAAGAAGAUGAGAAGGGGCCCAAUCCUCCCAUGAUGGUACCUGUAGCAGAUAUUUUGAAUCAUGUGGCCAACCACAAUGCCAACCUAGAAUACUCUCCUCAAUGUUUGAGGAUGGUUACAACGCAGCCUGUGGGGAAAGGACAGGAAAUCUUCAACACAUAUGGGCAGAUGGCCAACUGGCAGCUGCUGCACAUGUAUGGCUUCGCAGAGCCCUACCCUGGCAACACCCACGACACGGCUGACAUCCAGAUGGUGACACUGCGCAGGGCAGCUCUGCAGCGUGCCAAAAGUGAAGCACAGCAGCAGCUGGUCUCAGAGCAAUGGGACUUCUUGUGCCAGCUGGAGAUGGUGGGAGAGGAAGGUGCCUUUGUGCUUGGCUGGGAUGAGGUGCUGACAGAGGAAGAGCUGUCCGUGGCCCUCAAGGUGCUCUGCAUGUCAGAAGAAGAAUUCAAGGAGUAUAAGGAGCAAGAUGGCUGGGAAGACGACAGUGAGGAAGAAGAAAAUUCUACCCUUUCAAAUGAGGCCCUCUCCAGACUUAAAACCCCUUGCAAGAAGCUCCUUUAUGACAGUGUGCUGCUGACCCUGGAGUCCUAUGGGGCAGACCUGAAAGCAGAGCAGGACUUGCUAAAUAACAAGGAGGCUUAUGAGAAACUGAGCCGAAGGGAACAGCAAGCACUGCACGUGCGCUAUGGACAGAAAAGGAUCUUGCAUCAGCUGCUAGAGCUGGUACAAUAGAAACCUCAGUGCCCCUGGACAGGACCUGGCUGGGGCUGAUCCUGAGGGAAAGGUCAGCCAACGGCCAUCUCUUCUGUAGCAGAGAGGACAGAUGGCAUGACUGACUACAGCUCCACUUGUCCCUCAUACAACACGUGGAUUUUUAGCUACCUCUACAUAAAGAAGUUUCUUCACAACACAAAGGUGGUUUUGAGUGGCCUUAUUGUACCAUGAGAGCUCUGGAGCACAAAUACCACCUCUUUCCAGAGGCCUUAAGAAACCCCAGCCAUUCUAAUGGCUAUUUUAGGAAAGCAGACAUACACUGCCAGAACAGCAGAGGAUUCCCUCAUUCAGCAGCGAAAAUUUCAGGCAAGAGCUGCUCCUUGUCCAGAUUAAGAGGGCAGAAAUCCAGCUGUUAGCUCUUACCUUAGAGAGGGUCAUAGUAAAUAUCUGGCAGAUGGACCUGCUGACAACACUAAACUGUACAUACAACACUUAACGUGUAUGUAUUUUACACUGAACAUUUGCAAGAGUACAAGCCCAUCUAGCUGGUCUUCAUGUAGGCUCAGUAUAACAAAUACUUCCUUUUAUUUCCACAGAAGGUAUUUCUGUGUGGGCUUGAGACUAUUCUGGAGGAAAACUGUCACAGUUCCACAGCUGUUGCAGGCUGAGAAUUUGAUACAUACCCUCUGCUUGAUGCAGUUCUAUCCUGAACUCACUUUGGUUUUGCACGAAAAAACACUAACGGUUGACAGGCCAAGCUCUAUUGAAUAAAAAUGAGUUUUCUUAC